AUGACCGUUGUUUGUAGUAAGAAUAACUCUCCCAACUUAGUAAAUCCGCUUCUUCCUCCAAUAGUUCGUAUGACGCAAAAUUCGAUACGAGGAGACAGCGUCUACGCUUUGUCUUGUUUCCGUGAACCUAGUGUUCUGAAUAACGUACGCUUAUUCUUAGCAUAUAUGCAUGACCAAGAUAACAAUAUCUGCAUGGAAGGCAAGACAAAAACUUAUUUAAAGGUUUCAAUUAGACAAGAAGGCUUGCCUAACAAUUAUAAGGAUCUACUAGAACUGUUUCUUAAAUACUAUAAUUCUGAGGGGAUUUCGACUAAGGAUGCUAAAGCUGACUUGGAAGCUUAUGGGUUUCAACUAAUGAUCUUCACUGAAACCUGGUUAAACGAUUCAUUCAAAAAUGAAGAAAUACUUGAUAGCACUUGGUCCGUAUAUAGAAAUGACCGUGAUUAUAAUUCCACAGGUGUGAUGUACUUUCCCCCAAAUUCUGACGAGUCCUCAUACAAUAAUUUCUUUGCAAUAUAUAACGAUAUAUUCAAAAUUAUGAAUGAGGACGAUAAUAUUGUAAUUUUGGGUGAUUUCAAUCGACCAUCAUUAUCUUUUGUCAUCGAUGAUUUUGAUAACCAACUUCUUCCUAUCAAUUUCAUAGAAGAUAUAGAUUUUGACCUUAUUAGUACUUUUUAUGGGAACGACUUACAGCAGGUUUUUCGUUACCCCAACAGUAGAGGUAAUUGGUUGGAUUUAGCAUUUUCUAAUGCUUACGACACCAUUAAUGUUCGUUCUGACACUGACGAAGAAAAUAUUUUCCGAAACUCAAUCCAUCACAACGCGUUGGUUUUAGAACUACCCUAUUCCAACCAUAAGUUCUCAAAUACUUACAAUAACGAAAUUAUUAACUCAAUAAUGAGCAACCCUAAAAAAUUUUUCGACUUCGUUAACACUGAACGUAAAUCAUCAGGUUACCCGAUUUCGAUGUGUAUGAAUGGCAAAAUGUCUUCAUCUCCCACGGAAAUUUGUAACUUUUUUGCUGACAACUUCCAGCAAAUUUAUCGCCCUGAGUUACCCUCUAAUAAUGUUAAUUUCAAUCCUGCACCCCUUGUUAAUAAUAUGAACCCGCUUUUCGAAUACUUUCAUUUAUCGAUUAACUCAAUAAUGAGCAACCCUAAAAAGUUUUUCGACUUCGUUAACACUAAACGUAAAUCAUCAGGUUACCCGAUUUCGAUGUGUAUGAAUGGCAAAAUGUCUUCAUCUCCAACGGAAAUUUGUAACUUUUUUGCUGACAACUUCCAGCAAAUUUAUCGCCCUGAGUUACCCUCUAAUAAUGUUAAUUUCAAUCCUGCACUCCUUGUUAAUAAUACCAACCCGCUUUUCGAAUACUUUCAUUUAUCGGUAGAAAAUGUUUUUCAGGGCAUCAGUAGUCUAGACGUUAAGAAGGGAUCUGGUCCUGACCUUCUGCCACCAAUAUUUCUUUACAAUUGUCGCUACACCCUGUCAAACCCUCUUACCUCAAUAUUUAACAGAUCUAUAUCCACCGGAAUUUUUCCAUCAGCUUGGAAAAAUUCGUAUCUAAUACUAAUUCACAAAAAAGGUGACAAAACAGCGAUAGAAAACUACAGAGGUAUUGCUAUUCAGUCUGCUAUCCCAAAAUUAUUUGAAAAAUUAGUUACUGAUAUACUUGCACCGGUCAUCAAUCCAUUAUUAAAUAACGAGCAACAUGGCUUUAGGACUGGUCGCUCGACAACCUAA